AUGGCUUCCACCGCAUCAUGGCUGCGGGAGUUCUGGGCAAGCCAGCUGGGACCCUGUCUGAUCGAGGAGGCUCAGGCAGCCUACCAGGCCAUGAGCGACCUCAACGCCGCCAGCUACAACCUGGUCAAACAGGCCAUUCUCCGCCGCCUCAACAUAACGGCAGAGACCCACCGAACCAAAACCAAUGUGCAAAUGGGGGAAACAAUAGUGGUGGAGCAGUUCUGCCAUGUGGUCGGCGCCGAUACCCAGGCUUGGAUACGGCGCCACAACCCCGACACCCUGGAGGGCGCUGUGAAACUGGCCGAGGACUACGAGGACUCUCUAGAAUCCAGCAACGUGUUCAGAGUGAAGCGACACAGGGACAGGCCGUACAUCUGCAACAUGGACUGCCACGCAAGAAUUGCUUUCAUGCUUUGCGGAUUUUCCGUUCUAGCACUAGAAGUAGAGUCCAGUAUUACUCUGACCCAGUCUGAUUCGGUCCUUAAAAAGCCUGGAGAGUCAGUCCGGUUGUCCUGCAAGAUUUCUGGUUAUGCAAUCGAUGAACAUCAUGAGCACUGGAUCCGCAAGCAACCUCUGGGGAAAGGGUUCGAAUGGCUGGCCUCCUACCGAACUGAAUCCUUCUCUAACCACCAUUCCCCAGCCAUUCAAGGACGCUUCACUGCUUCUGCCGACAUCCCCAGUAGCACCUGCUUCCUACAAAUGAACAGCCUGAGAGUUGAGGACACGGGGGUGUAUUACUGUGCACGGGAGUCACAGUGAGAGAAGGGAAAUAGGUGACUGGACACAAACUCCUCUAUUGAAACAUAUAGUGGCACGGUAAUCAAUCAAGUGAAUUCAGAUCCCCAUAUAUACGUUUUUGUUCCAAACAUUUGUGUAUUUUUAACAUACCUUUGUCAUGCAAAACUAGUAACCUUGUUUAUGGUAUAUUUAUUAUGCAAAUAAUGUAACGAAAUAAAAUAAGUAAGAGAGACAGGCACAACAUUUACAGAAUCACCUAUCAAACAUAAGCAAUACAAAAGUAACUAAACCAACAGUUCAGAAAAUGAACACAACACGAAUGACCUACAAUUUAUAGUUUUAGAAGAAAUCAAAUUAGAUAAUGUACAAUACAGAAGAAUAACAGAAAAUAAAUGGAGAGACUCAAUACAUGAUGUCUGAAGGGUUAACUAGAAAGGAUUAGUAGUAACUAUGUAAUAAAUUACAUUACAAACACAUUCAUAGAUUUAAAUAGAAAUCAGUAAGUGUGGCUGCCAUGGCAUCAAAAGCAUAGAAGUACCUCCACUGUUUGUUUUCAAACACACUGCUUUGACAAAGUUAUGUGUAUAUAUACAGUUGUAGUCAACAGUUUAUAUACACCAAUGGAAAAGUAUAACCUCUAGAAAUUUCUCGAAAAAGUAUUUUAGAAAAAUUUAUUUUGUAGCAGAAGUUCUGCUUUUAUGGAAGAGAAAAAAAGUUACAAGAAAUAGAUGUCUACAAUUAUUUAUUUCAGGAAUUUUUUGGCAAAACUCUAAAAAUGCUAAUUCAAAAGUGUUCAUACCCUGACAAGGAAAAUUAAAUUAAUAGCUAUUUGAGGCAGCAAUAAUAACCUCUUUUAAACGAUUAGGAUAUUUGUCAAUGAGCUUUUGGCAUGAUUCUUUGGUGACUUUUGACCAUUCUUCAAAGCAUAAUUGUUCCAAUUCAUUCAUAUUCCGAGGACUUCUCUUGUGCACAGCCUUCCUCAACUCAUACCAAAGAUUCUCAAUCGGAUUUAGAUCGGGACUUUGACUAGGUCAUUCCAGAACCUUGAUUUUAUUCUUCUUUAACCAUUCUGAAGUAGAUUUUGAUGUGUGAUUUGGAUCGUUGCUGUGUUGGAGAGUCCACUUCGAUUUUAUUAAACCACGUUUUGUAGCGGAGGGUUUCAGAUGAUUGGCUAAUAUGUUUUGGUAUGCUAUGGAAUCCAUUUUACCAUGUAUUGGAACUAUAUUUCCUGUGCAAUUAGAGGAAAAACAGCCUCAUAGAAGGAUAUUACCACCUCCAUGCUUGACAGUAGGUAUGGUGUUCUUUUCUUUGUACGCCUCACCAGACUUUCUCCAAACAUAACAACUAUCAACGUGACCAAAUAGCUCGAUUUUUGUUUCAUCACUCCACAAAACCUGUGACCAGAACUAACCCUUUUAUACUCUCUAAGAAUGUUCACCUACAAUCCAGCAUUUUCUAGAAGGUUCUGCGUUAUCAUAUUGAAAUUUCUAGCACCUUGUAGACAAUACUAUCAUAGUAUCAAAGGGUAUGAAUACUUUUGAAUUAGCAUUUAUGGAGUUUUGCAAAAGAAAUUGCUGAAAUAAAUAAUUGUAAACAUCUAUUUAUUGCAACUUUUUUCUCAUCCACAAAAGCAAAACUUUUGCUACAAAAGAUUUUUCCUAAAAUUCUUUGUUUUUGAUAAAUUUCUAGAAAAAUAUGAAUAUAAAUACAAAUAUAUAUAAUAUGUGACUGCAAACUGUAGCAGAAGUUGGUUUCUGACAAGUAUUAUGUGACUGUAGAGGAGUUCAGAACAUUUGUGGUAUGUUACAGUAAAAUAAUAAUAAUAUGAAAAAAAAAUUGAAUAGAAAGGUGUAUUAGCGCAAUUGUAAACUCUGUUGCAGGUUGGUUUCAGUGCAUUAGCUUAUCAGUCAGUCUUCUGCACUCAGGUUUUUGCUCGUCUGUUAAUCACUGUGGCUACACUGGUAGCAGCGGCACUGUGAUACACACAAAGACAAAAACCUAUACAGGGAUUAGCUUGCAGCACUGAACCACUGGUAUAAAACAUUGAAAGCAUAAAUAGAAUGUGAAGGAUUUGAAAAGGAUUACAGAAAACAGGGUAAUGAAUACAUGCAUCCAGAACUUCAAUAAUAGUUUAUUUACCUGGAAAUGUAAGUCAACGGUAAUCAACAAUAGUGAAGGCACUUGCUAAAGAAUGUAUCUGCUUGAAGUCAUAGUUUUUAUGUCAGAAUUAAUUGGUAACUUUCAGGAGUUUUUGGUUCAUUAGCUAUUAAUUCAUUACUUAAUUCAUUAAACGAUGAGGUAAGUAAUUGAAGUUUUGCUAAAAAUGUAUUGCUGGAAUAAAAACAAAUUAUUGUGUUAUUAAAUUGUACAAAAAGAAUAAUUAGGUGGCACAUCUAUUUUUAAAAAUGCAUAUGUGUACAUACAUGUAAUCUGUUAUAAAAUAGAAUAAUGUCUGGUUCACUGUCACAAUUGUGACAUAUGCACAUUUGGUUUCCUUCAGUGCAAGCUUCAUGUACCCAAAUACAGUUGAGCUAAUGUUGUAUGGGGUCAAUUGGAACAAGUAUGCUUUUUCUUAUUUGUUUUAAAUAGUUAUUAAAAUAUCUCCUGUUUUUAUUUAUUUGCGGUAUCAGAGACAAACAAGCUGCACAAGAGUGAUUUCUGCCAGACAGCAGACCGUAUUUGAAUAGGAAGUUGAUUUGCACAGUGGGAUUGCACAAUGGGUUUGCACAGUGGGAUUGCACAGUGGGUUUGCACAGUGGGUUUGCACAGUGAG